UGUCUUUCCUGAUCAACAGUUUUCCACGCUUGCGAAGAUUGUGGAGUUCCGUCACUUGCCCUAUCGUUCACGCGAGUCUUCCCCUGAAAUCCAGAUGCUAUAAAUGUCUGCGAACUCUUCCGGAUUAGAAUAGUGUACUAGCUUGGCUACCACAAAAACUCUCCUACCUGAAGUUUGCUUCUGCUUGCAUUUCAGCUCUUGUGGCUUUCAGGAUUCUGAUCUUCUACGCCACAGAACAUGGCAGGUCUUAACCCUAAGGCUCUCCAUGUCGGGUUUCUACUCCUCGUUCUGCUGUCAGCAGAUUUCGCCACCGGCUGUGUGAUAACUAUCAGAAACCGCUGCUCAUAUUCAGUCACAGCUUGUGCUCAGUCUGGAAGUGGACCCGUCAGUCGAUACAAUGUAGGAGCCGGAGGUAGCCAGGCAAUGAACUUUGGCUCCAGUUGUAGUUGGCCGGAUGGAAUUAUUUUCCCCUCAGUCGGAGGACAAUGCACCGACAGAAAUCUGGCGAACAUCGCCGAAUUCACUCUGGGAGGAUUUGCGAACUCUGACUACUAUGACCUCAGCAACAUCAACGCGUACACGAUCGGUUUGGAGAUUCGACCGACUCAAAUCGCAGGAGGAGCGACCCCCGGUGGCAUGCGAUGUGGAUCUCCUAAAUGUGUCAUCAACGACAUCAGAGGGUUCUGUCAGCCGAACAACUACAUCGUCCAACACCCCACCGGUGCCUUGACAUGCGUCAACCGAGAUGGAACAGCAGGAGUCCAAGGCUCAGCUGGCACGCGUCAGUUCAAAAAUGCGUGCCCCUCGUCCUACAGCUACCCCGACGACGGCGCGACGUCUCUGUACAACUGUCCCACAGGAACCAACUACGACGUCGUGUUCUGCCCUUAAAUGGCUUCCAGAAAUCACAUCAUUCGAUUUGAUUCUCAACGUGUUAAACUUUGGCCUAGAAAUUGGAAGGUGAUUCCGCACUCUGGUUGGAGGUUAAGAUGAAGCUGGCAGGGGUGCUAGUUAUAAGAAUUGUCCUGCUCGGAUUUCUCUUGCUCAAUAAGUGGCAUUGUUUUUUUAUAUAAAAAUGCUCCCAGCAUUUUUCUCCUUGCAUUUCGCACACGCGCAUCUUAUGGCAAAGCACACUCUCCUAUCAAUAUAACGAUGUAAUC